AUGGGGCCACCAGGUCCGUCCCAUCGGCUGGGGGACAAAAAGGCUUACCACCCGGGCCCGAGAUAUGCGUCUUAUCGCCGACCAUCACCCGCGAUGGGCAGUGGUCCAAAUCCUGCACACAAUCCAGGUGCUGAGGCCAACCCGGCUGCCAUAGCGGGCUCAGAGCACAGCUUUAACCCAAAUUCGAGACCCAGGCCCUCUCGAUACAACCCCAGUGUUUCAAGUCGUCCAUACUCGUCUUCUGGCAGCGUCAGUAAUGGCAAUGGCUCUCAGGUAAAUCCACGCUCUGGCAGUCGGUAUAGCUCUGAUUCUGGUCCUUCGUACCAAAACAAUGCACGAGGCUCUAGUGCACAUGAAAUAAGGCGAUUUUCAAAUGGGUUUCCAAACUACCAUCAUCAACAUCCUUCAUCGAGUUCCACUGCCAGUCGUUAUAAUUCCAGCCAAUAUCAAACACAAAGUGCUUCUAAACAAGGCUAUCACAACUAUUAUAAGCCUCCAUCUUUCAAUCGAUCUCGCCCCUCGUCUGUGUCUGAUGGCCAUGAAACGGCCAGUCAUGGCUACUCAGCUCGUGGACAUAAUAAAUGGCGGGAUUCCUAUCCAUUUGAGUAUAAUGAAGAACAUCCCUCAGUUUCUCCGGCUCAAACUGUACCUCAGCUCUCUGAUAAGUCUCAUUCUCAUGGCCUGAGCCGAUACCACAAUAAUUUGCAGCCGUACUCCCAUCGAUAUACUCCGUACAAAAACGAUCGAGAUACGGAAAGGGUCAAGAAACCAUCGUCAAUAUCUUAUGAAAAUGAACACUCAUUGGGAUCAAGCUUGAUCAACUCUGUUCCUCAAACCACUCGCGAAACAGAGGCAAUGGUCGCCACAGCCCACGAACGAAUUGAUUUAGGAAGACAGAAAAUUUCAGAACGGAAGCCUAAUAAUGAAGAAGAAUACGGGAAGGUUGAGGUCACCAGUCCCUCAACCCCCGACACAGCUGUUAAAGGAGAAGCUGCGGUACCUGAAAAACAAUUAAAUGAAACAAAUACUGACGCAAACAAUGAAGAGGCUAAAUUUGAGCAGCCGAUACCGAUCACAUCAUCACUGAAAACUGAAGUAUUGUCUUCUCUUGGGAAAAGCGAGCAGGAAAUCUCUGUGGGUACUGUAAACGAGUUGUCAUUGGAAUUGAGAAAAGAAAAAAGCUCAGUUUCAACUGCCGUUCAGCCUUCAACAGAGUCAGGAACGGAAGCGAAGGAAAAAACAGUUGCAGCGCAUAAAGUCACUGGUUGUAUCUUUCCCAUGACCGAGGUUCAAACAAAACUGUGGGAGAUUAAAAAUUGCAAUAGGAAUAUCUCAACUCGGGCUCAAAAGUAUCGAUUCAAAAGGCCAAUUGUGUCUUUGCAAGAAUACCCUUUUCUUUCACAGAACAUUGUCGUACAUGAACAGGCCGUCAAGCCAGUGUUGCUCGAUUUCUUCAGAAAACUUAAACGUCAAGAAAGAUUGAAGAGUCUCCAGCUUAAAAAAACCUUUGUGGAUCUGGAUCAGAAGUGGUCAAAGAUUUGCCGAAAACUGGAGGACAUAAGCAAAGACGUCAAAGAAAACGAAUGCGACAGCUCUGUGCCUGCAGAUCAUUCAAAUGAAGCCCAGGAACACAACUUUGCAGAUGAAAGAAAUCAACAGAAUCGUGCCGUUAGCAGGCGGCGCAACCGUGCAGAUUUUGUUGAUGACAACGAAAUGGAAAAUGUUCUUCUACAAAUUGAUCCUGAUUAUAAGCAUCAUCAGCUUGCUGCUCAAAUCCCUCCCAUGAUUCUUGAUCCUGUUGAAAAGGAAGUCAUUAAAUUCAAAGAUGUCAACAAUCUCGUUACAGAUAAGGACCUAUGGGCCUCUAGAUCAACAAGCGACGCUGUAGACACCUUCACUCCUGAAGAGCAUGAGCUGUUCGUGGAAGCAUAUUUAACCUAUCCAAAGAGAUUUGGAAGAAUCUCACAAAACAUGGGAGGUCUACGAAAGCCGGAGGAAUGCGUGUUGCAUUAUUAUAGAACCAAAAAGGAAACCAAUUACAAACAACUUCUUAUUGAUAGGAAUAAGAAACGCAAAAUUAAUGCCGGACGCAAGCGUAAGGAGAAAGAAAAAGAGCGUGAUUCUGCUAGGCCCGAAGACAAUGGGGAAAUACUUACUGACUCUAACGGCCUCAAUGAAUCUGAAAGGGAUAAAACCAUUGAUGAGACUGAAGACGAAGAUGUUAGCCAAAUGACCAAGGAUAGGCCGGUGGACGGUGGUACAGAGCAAGAAAAGCCGAUUCCACAAGGGAAUAGUCCAGCACUCAGUGCGACUGGUGCCGCUACGAAUACCAUGGCUGUUAAUUUGCGAAGAGAAAAGGAGGAAGAAACUGAAGCAGAACUUGAAACGGACAGUGCAGUGGACGCUUCAUAUGGGGCGGCAUCAAAAAUCAGAGAUGGAAAUCAAGAUCAGGAAGAGCACCUUUCUGAUAAUUUGGCGAUGAAUGAAUCAACUAAGCGCAAAAUUGAAGAGCUAGAUGAAGCAGGUAGUGAUCCUCUAGAAACGUCACCAAUUGCACCUCCCGCUGCUACAGAAUACAAGGACCACAGUGCUAUGGACAAAGCAUCACAUUCCAAGAAUGAGGACAUGGAAAAGGCUCAACAAUUAAGGAAAAAGGCAAGGAAUAAUGAUGGAUUCCACAAGUCCAGUUACUGGAGUGUCAAGGAGACUAAUAUGUUCCCCGAAUUGCUGAAAGAGUUUGGCACCCAAUGGGCGUUGAUCUCUGAAAAGCUAGGGACCAAGUCCACUACUAUGGUUCGCAACUACUUCCAACGCAAUGCGGAACAAAUGGGUUGGCAAGCUCUAGCAGAGGGACCUAACGCAAUGCAGCAUUCUGGUAAGGAAGAAGAGUCGCAGGAGGGUACCAUCCCCGAAACGCAUCGUGAUUACGUGCCUCCUCAGCAGACGCCGUCUGUUUCCAUUUUCAACCAGUCUAGCCGAGAUGCGUCCACGCCGAUGCAGAUACCGAUGCUUUCGACUAUGGACACGUUUUCUCAGCAAUCGACGCCACAUGGCUUACCACCGCCCAGACUACCUUCCAUUCAACUCCACACACAACACACAAACGUGGAUACGAGAAAGAGUCUGACAGGACCUGCAGUUUUGGAGUCCUCUUCUGGUCCUUCUGUUCAUUUUGCACCUUCGCUAUCGACGUCUACGUCCAGUGUUCCCAAUAACGUACAAUCUUCUGGCCCAUCAUCAUCAGCAUCGUCUCAACAGGGAGCCGGAAGCAGAAGGUCCUCUAUCAAGAGCCUGCUCAAUAACGAAACGCCAAUUAUUCAACAGCCUCAACCGCCAAUUCUCAAAGCCGUUGAGCUGCCCUCGACUAACACCUCAAAUGCGAAAAUCAUUGUUCAAGAAUUGCCUCCUGCAAACGAGGUGCCUAUGUUUUCGGUACCGACGAAAUCUGACAGGAAUCCAGGAUCGAUAUCUUCGAUUUUGAAUAGCGCUCCUGCUCCUCAAAUCGACGUUAGCAAAGGUCGUCUUGCCUUCCAAGGUCUUCAAAGUCCACAAGGACCUUCAGGUCCGCCAAGAGUGGCAAUCAGUCAGUUUCCCAAACCGUCGCUCGAUUUGCAUUCUAGCAUUAAACCCGUUUUACCUCCCGUGCCUCUUCAAUCUGCGUCUGGUCUCGGACCAAUGACGCCGUCGUCAAGGGAUUUUUUCACCAAAAAAGGGCCUGACUUCAAUUUUGCGAGUGAUCCAUUAGCGGCACUCGCGGCCGUGGCCUCAGCUCCUGAAGUGCUGACUUCCUAUAUUCCGCCGGACGGUAGAGGUAGUCAGCAUUCUCCAUCGGGCUGA